AUGCAGCCCCCUCCCGAGAACGACCCCAGCCAUGUGUUCUCCCUGAUGACCGAGGGCAGCUCCGGCACCCCCUCACCGUCCACCUCGCGCCCGGCCUCGCGCCCGACCUCGCGCCCGACCUCGCGCCCGGCCUCGCGCACCGCCUCGGCGGCGGGCAUUACGGCGCCAUUCCCCCUGCGGCCGGGGUCCGGCGUGGAUUUGGUGGCCCCGUCGCGGCCCCUCUCGCGGCCGGGAUCCGCCGUGCCGGGGGAUUACCCGGCUAUCCGGCAGCCGGGCUCGGCCACCGGCAUUUCGCGCCCCACCUCGCCCGGGGUUUUCUUCACCCCGACCGGCGGGCAGCCGGCCUCCCGCACGGGGAGCGCCACCUUCGGACAAUCGCCCCUGCCCGCCGACUUGGAGAUGUCCCUCAGCUCGGCCUACAUUAAUUCCCUGCUGUCGGAGAGCGACGACCAGGACGACGACAGCUUUGGCACCGGCGGGGAUCAGCGCUCGCCGCUACUUGAGGGCCUUGAUCUGGCACAGGUGCGAGCCGUGCCCCGGCGCGCCCAUCGGCGCCGUCAGCGCGAGCUCCUCCAUCGGGUGCGCGCGGAUGGGGCCGGCGGGGCAGACCCCGGCUCCGGGCCCGGGUCGGCCCUGACACCGGCCGCCGCCCUGGCCGGCACCCGGAACGUCAGCCUUUUCCACAAGAACUCCGACGUGCCGAUCUUGCACAACCGCAGUCCGUCCCCCCCGCCGCGGGCGUCGGCCCUGCAGCAGCUCACCUCCAACCGGGUCCUGCGCAAGUCGUGGUACAACUUUUGCAAGCUGCCCGAGGCCCAGCAGAACCGGAUCAUCAACUUCCUGAACACGGCUCGCACCGCCGGGCCGGCCGGCCGCCAGCACCGGGACCUCGGCCCGAGCGAGGACCUCCUGCCCGACUCCCUGGAGGCGCGAUUCUACUGCCGGCUGACGCGCUCGACUCGGCAGAUGCUCCUGCGCGGGGGGGCCAUGCUCCUGGCCACCGUCAGCAGGUUCGAGGUCGAUGUGAUCGCGCUGCUCUGGGCCAGCGCGCAGUCGCCGCCGACCGUGCCGACUCUCGAGCCGCAAUCCCUGGGCACCAUCGACGCCGAGGGCAAUCUCCAGUACACGCACCUGGACUCGCGCUUCCGGAAGAUCAUCCAUGCGAUUGCCUCCUUCCACUCGCUCCUCUCCAAGAGCUCGGAUGCCGACGACAAGUCCCGCACGCUGGUGGUCCUCAAGCCGGCCGGCAAGAAGCUGCAGGCCCUUCGCCAGAUGGUCCCCAGCCAGGUGGAGGACUUUCCCCUGCUGGAGGACGCCAUCCUGGAGCAGCUCGCCGCCCUGGAUAGCCUGGCCACCCAGCAUGUGGCGAAGGCCGAGCAGGCGGAGGGCGGACCCGCCGGCCCUGGCGGGGGGGAUACCAUGCCGGGGGAGCCCGUGGACCUGGGCCUCCACCCGCAGCAGCCACCCAUCAACAAGGGCAAGGUCAUCUCGGCCUAG